GAGUACUAGCAGACACAAAGCCCCAACUAAAGUAUUCCGAAUUCACAAGCCGUCAAGCACGCACUGUGCCAUUACCCCCAUAGUAUGCCAUAAGUACUACUACCACGUCUUCUCUCUUCCUCCCCUCCUCUCUUCUCCAGUUUCUUCCACCCUGCGCACCCCGCUCCCUUCGUCUCUCCCCACCCUGAGGACGAACCAAAACCGUCGUGUCUCUGGGGGACCCACACCCCCCUGUCGCAUGCGCGCUGGGUCGUAGCCUCGGCCGCCGGCGAUCGCCGGAGUUGGGGAGCGCGGCGGCGGUUCCGCGCUCGCCGGAGGGAGGGGGAGGAUGGCGGCGGGCGGGAAGGGGUGGGUGGAGAGGGCCCGGCGCGGGGUGAAGACGGUGUGGUUCAUGGUGGCCAUGGUGGCGUCGCUGCUGAUGGCGUCGGCGCCGGCGCUGGUGGCCGCCGGCGACGUGGCCGUGGCGCUUUGCCUGGAGGUGCGGCUCGGGUGCCUCCGCUGCCACGGCCUGCGCGGCCACCUCGAGCGUUACGGCUUCCGGAGCUCGCUCGUGGAUAUACCGCUCGUCUCCAUCGUUCGAUCCAUCGUCAUUACCUGUGUAUACCUCAUGUCUGAUGCUUCUGGUCUCUCCCAUGGCCCGUACCUUGGAACAGCUAGUUGCUGCUCCUUGGCUUCUCUGCUCAUCUUGUUGAUUAAGGUCAGCGUUUACAGUCCGGCACAGGAGAUUGGGCCUGAGCUCUCGCCGUCAUUGGCGGAUCACAAGCUCAGUCUCAAGAGGUUAUCGGGAAUGCCGGUGCUUUUCCUCUCUUCCUUGGUCUUUGCUCUUGGCCAUGUUGUUGUCGCUUAUAGGACAAGCUGCAGGGCUCGGCGGAAGCUACUUAUCCAUGGCAUUGACCCUGAAUCGAUUCUGGCAUACAAGAGUGCAUGCACUGGAUGCUACAAGGCUCCUCGUUCCCCCACGCCAUACAGUGGAAAACUUUAUUCAAGGAGUGACAGUGAGACAAAGAGGAAGUCUGUUUCUCAGGAUGAUAGGGAUAUUCCAAUCAGUUUUCUUGCAGAUGGUGAUAGCAUGUUCAUUGCUUGCCAGGGGAUCACUGUGCAUUACAAACUUUCUGAUCCAUCAAGCUGCAUAUCUGUAGCUACGGAUAAUUUUCCAGAAAUCCAUCAUGAUGUUAUAUCAUCAAGCAUUUCUCCUAGAAGACAGAGACACGAUAGCCCACCAUCAGCUUCCACCAAUACCCGUCGUCUUUUGAAUAGGAGCUUCAGCCAUCAGUACCAUCAAACAUCAUUAUAUGCACCAUUGUUGGUAGAUCCAGUGACCUCUCCAACUUUGUCAUACGACAUCCCUGUUCUGCCUGUUGAUGAUGGUAAUGCUGAUAUAUGUUUGAAACAUAUGGGAUUUGAUCUUGAGGCUGGAGAGCAGGGGAAAUUCGCUGUUGUUUUGGUGCAUGGGUUUGGAGGUGGGGUGUUCUCGUGGAGACACGUUACAAAUUUGCUUUCUCGUCAAGUGGGUUGUACUGUGCUGGCCUUUGAUCGCCCUGGAUGGGGGUUAACAUCUCGACCUCGCAGAAAGGAUUGGGAAGACAAGAAUCUACCAAAUCCAUAUGAGCUUGGAUCACAGGUUGAUCUUCUUAUUUCGUUUUGCUUGGACAUGGGCUUAAACUCUGUGGUUUUAGUUGGUCAUGACGAUGGGGGCUUGCUUGCCCUAAAAGCUGCAGAAAAGUUACGAGCAUCUGGAGAUUCAAGAAAGGUUGAAGUGAAGGGAGUUGUGCUUAUAGGUGUAAGCUUAUCAAGAGAAGUCAUUCCUGCAUUUGCUCGUAUACUCUUACAUACCCCUCUAAGGAAAAAGCACAUGGUACGGCCACUGCUACGUACUGAGAUCACUCAGGUGAUCAAUCGGAGGGCAUGGUUUGAUGCCACCAAGUUAACAACAGAUGUUCUGAACCUCUACAAGGCUCCACUGUUUGUUGAAGGUUGGGAUGAAGCACUUCAUGAAGUAGGGCGUCUUUCUUUUUCGACUGUCCUAACAUCAAAAAGAGCAGCAGAUUUACUAAGAUCAGUGGAAGACCUCCCUGUUCUGGUUGUAGCAGGUUCUGAGGAUGCUCUUGUUUCUCCGAAGUCAGCGCAAGCAAUGGCUUCAAGACUAGUAAAUUCUAGGCUGAUAACAAUAUCAAAUUGUGGGCAUUUGCCUCAUGAGGAGUGUCCGAAGGCAUUGCUUUCAGCUCUUUCCCCGUUCAUAUCAGGACUGGUGUCAUCACAGGAUUCAUUGCAAAGAUUGUAGCAUAGUACUCCUCGUUUUGCAUUUUCCCCUGUUCUUCUGUCCUCUACACUGAGUAGACCCCUCUAGUUGGUGUGAGUUCUGUGAGCCAUUGUAGUGCAGUAGCGGAGCCUGACCCAAAAUCUCAAGGGUUCCUAGAGCUCCUCUAAUUUUUGGUCACAUGUAAUGAUGCCUCCAAAUGAUUUCAAUUAAGCAAGUUGAAUCUGUACAGCACAUACUUGCUGUGUUUUAGUUCA